UGGCUGUCGGGGAAUUCCGGGGGAGGCAGAUCCUGGGCCAGCGAGGAGCUCCCCGGCAGGAGUGCCACGGACUCUCUGUGCUUUCCCAGGACCCCACAGCCCUGCUCCCGGCCGGCCAGCCCAGAGCCGGAGCCCCUGCCAGAGGCAGAUUCUAAGAAGCUCCCCUCCCCAGCCCGAGCCGUGGAGGCCGACAAGGAGCCCCAGCGCCUGCUGGUUCCUGACAUCCAGGAGAUCCGGGUCAGCCCGAUCGUGUCCAAGAAGGGGUACCUGCACUUCCUGGAGCCACACACGGCCGGCUGGGCCAAGCGCUUCGUGGUGGUGCGGCGGCCCUACGCCUACAUGUACAACAGCGACAGGGACUCCGUGGAGAGGUUUGUGCUCAACCUCUCCACCGCCCAGGUCGAGUACAGUGAAGACCAGCAGGCAAUGCUCAAGACCCCCAACACGUUUGCGGUGUGCACGGAGCACCGCGGCAUCCUGCUGCAGGCCAACAGCGACAAGGACAUGCACGACUGGCUGUACGCGUUCAACCCGCUCCUGGCCGGGACCAUCCGGUCCAAGCUCUCCAGAAGGAGGUCUGCCCAGAUGAGGGUCUGAGUGGAGCCCUCCCGGGACAGCCAGCAGGCCCGGCCCCACCCCCGUCUUCCUCGUGUUGUCCCCCCACCCAGCCCCUCCCCUCCCGACAGCUGGCGUGCCCCUCGCCCUGGGGACGGCGCGCUGGGCCCCACGAGCCACCUCUGGCCAGGGACCUGCACACGACCUGUUGCGCUCCCAGCAGAGGCCGCGUCUGCUGUCCUUUCUUUCAGAAGGCACCCCGGGUGGGAAGAGCCGGGAGAACCCCAACAGUCGGAGGGCACGGUCCCGGGGCGUCGAUGCCGUUCUAAUAUUUUUUUAAGCAUAGACAGACUUAUAGUUAAUACACCUUAGCUAGUGACGUUGGAACAGUCCAGUCAGAAAUUAACUACAAGACUGUGAUCUAUUUAUAAGCAUUUAUUUCUAACGCCUUCCCAUAGACGUGUAGGGUUCAGCUGGACCCACCCCAAGUCGUUCCCACGCGCACUUCCCCAGCCUCUUAGGGACGGGCAGGGCGGGGCAGCCGCCUCGGAAGGCCACGGUGAGGAGGCGCCUGGACGGGCCGGCGCCUCCUGGUUGGCACCAAGGGGGUGCUCCUGCCGGGCCAGAGCUGAGGCUUCUCCCCAGCUGCAGAUGGGGCCGCCCGGUCCUGCGGGGGGUGUGUGUGUGUGCGCGCGUGCGCCCGCCAGGGAGCAGAUGUCUGAAGUCCGAGCAGUGUAGAGGGUGGUGCGUGUUACUUCUAGCAGGACGCAGGGUCCACGUCUCACCUGGGCGCGUGUGGGAGGUGAGGCAGACAGGUGCCUGGCUGUGGCGCCGUCCUUGUGGGGUCCAGGAGGCAGAAGGGUCAGGAUUCCACUGGCCUAUGUCGUGUGUCCAGGCCAGCUGGGCGCAGGGGCUGUUUACAGGGGGUCCAGGUGGGCCAGGCCGCGAGGGGCUUUUGGUGCAGCGUCUCCAGCUGCUGUGAGAUGUGGGGUGAGCUCCAAGUUGCUCCAGGAAGGAAACCGCUGACCUCCCCUCUUGGUCCCAGGAGAGGAGAGUUUCUGUGGGUCCGGUGAGAAGAUGCAAGGGGCUCAGGGGACGGUGGCCAGCACUGAGGUCGUCUGUCAUCAAGGGGGAUUUCUCCUCCUGUGUCUGAGAGUGUUGCCUUGUCUUGUUCUGACUUCUCGUGCCGACAGCCGCUUUGUCCCCUCUGCAGACCCCGCGUCUGAUGGUUGCCCAGGAUGAGGCAGGUGUCAGGCUGGGCCGAGUCUGGUUCGUGUCCUGCCCAGGCCGUGAACCUUUCAGAGGAACCACGGGCCUGGGGUCUUCAGUGACCUGCUCCCGCACCCAGAGGCACACACGGCCUCUUUUUAGCUCGAAGGAAAACAGCAGCCACACCACGAGACCCGUCCUCCCCACGGCCCCCAAGAGCAGAUGAGGGCUCAUGUCCUGGACUAAAAUCAAACGUUGUCUGGAAACCAGGAGGCCUGUGCUGCCCGCAAGGUGCUCCUCGGGGGGUAGAGGCUGAGCCGCAGAGAGCUGGGGUGACAGCACAGUCGGGAAGGAGCACUUCCUCUGGCUUGUUGAAGGCCUUGAGGGCAGGGAGGAGGGACGGGUCAGGUGAGCUCUUCUAGCGUGAGUCGGUUCUGAGAGCCCCGCCUUCCCUCAGGGAGACUGGAGGUUCAGGGCCCCUGCUGUGGCCCACUCAGGCCAACCAGCCUGAGGCCACGGCCUCGGGGGAGAGGAGUCCGAGGCCCUCUCGCCCAGGGUGCAGGUGUCUGGGGCCAGCCAACCCGCAGGGCACCUGCUGAGUCGGGCAAGGCCGAGGGAAGGGGGUCCGCGGGAGGAUUUCUGGGAGUCGCCCCGAAUUCAGGAGCCUCCACAGCCAUGGAGGCCCCGGGGCCGUUCCAUCGUGGCCUGGUGCCAUCUUGGCAGGGACUAAGAGCCAGGUGUGGCCCACCUGAUGACCCCAUCUUUCAUCACUCCUCCUCUCAGGCCCGCUCCGGAGAGGGGUCCUGGAUCAGAGUCCAGACACCCGGGGCUGCUGGGGAGAGAAUUCCGAUAUGAAUUGGGAAGGCUGCUCUCUCAUGCCUGGUGUCACGUCAGCCCUGGGGAAGUGGUUUGGGACUCAGUUCCCACAUCUGUGAUGUAGGAGGCUGGUCUGGAGGCCCCUGCGGGCCCAAGGGUCAUGGAGUGCAGAUAAGGAAGGCAGGCCUGGCUGGGGGCAGAGAGGAAGACCCGGGAGGCAGUUCAGACUGUUCUGUGUUAAGAUGCUGCUCAGGCUGCAGCCUUAUUUUGUUAGAGGGACGGCCAUUCUCACCCCGCCGGAGAGGGCUCUCUGUCCCCUCCAGGGUGGGGUGAGCUCCUUCUGCUGUGAGAGGAGCCCCAGGGAGGGAGAUGCUGGGUCCCAGGGCAGCUGGUGCCCAGGGGUGGGUGUGGAGAGGCUCAUAAGUUCAAGGUCUCCCUGCUCUGGUUCCCUGACACUGCGUGCACGCGCGCGUGCACGCACACACACACACACACACACCCCCCUGCCAGGGGAGGUGGCCCCCACUCAAUCCUGGUCCCCCCUUGGCACUUCUGAGGCGGGCGUGGCAAGGUGCUCAGAGAGGAUCCCUAAACGUGGCUGGAGCAGCAGGCGUGAGCAGGGCGCCAUGCUGGCUCUCCAUCAGCACCCCCCAGCAGGGGCCCAGAGGCGCCCUCCUUUGCCCCUGGGGCCGGGCCAGGCCUCCUCCCGGCGACAAGAGGCUGCAGCUUCUCCCAGGCCCGUGCUUCCCAUGCCAGCCGUCCCGAGUUCCCCUGUGGCUUGUACAUACGUGGUUGUGUGGCACACCCCAGCCCCUGCACCGUGACCGCCACCCGACGUAGCGACUCCCGCUCCCAGUGUCCAAAACCCGCGUGUUAGGCUCUAGGCCCCUGUGCGUGCGUGUGCGCUUCAGGCUCUGUCCAGUUACGAAAUAAACAUGGCUCUUUACGCAGCACCAGA